CGCCGGCGGCCGCUGCAACUUACCGUCGUGCGCGCCGCCCGCCGAGCGCAGGGGCCCGGGGCAGCCCGUCUGCCGCGCACCCCACCGGGCACCGCAGCCUCUCCCCAGGAGGGGCCCGGGCGCGCGUGGUGCCGCCGCGGGGGGAGGCUGAAGGACGAGCCGGCUGCGCCCGCCCGGGUUGCGAGGGAGAAAAGAAACGGGUUUUUUUUCUGAGCUGUGAAGAAACUAGAAACUGGUAGAGUCUUCAUUCAAGAUUCCCCUGUGAAAACUGCGUUGAUGCCAUUCAUAUAAGAAACCUGGAGUCCUGAAUAAACAGAGAGAAGAGAGUUAAUCACACACUCUGUAUUGUGAACACUUACCCAGGGGUUGCAAUGGUGAGUGAAAGUCAUCAUGAGGCCCUGGCAGCACCGCCAGCUACCACAGUAGCAGCACCUCCUCCAAGCAAUGUCACUGAGCCAGCUAGUCCCGGAGGAGGGGGAGGAAAAGAAGAUGCAUUUUCUAAGUUAAAAGAGAAGUUCAUGAAUGAACUGAACAAAAUUCCACUGCCACCUUGGGCCUUAAUAGCCAUAGCCAUAGUUGCAGUCCUAUUAAUCCUUACCUGCUGCUUUUGUCUCUGUAAGAAAUGCUUGUUCAAAAAGAAGAACAAGAAGAAGGGAAAGGAGAAGGGAGGAAAAAAUGCUAUUAACAUGAAAGAUGUUAAAGAUUUAGGGAAAACCAUGAAAGACCAGGCUCUUAAGGAUGAUGAUGCUGAGACUGGGCUGACUGAUGGGGAAGAGAAAGAAGAACCCAAAGAAGUGGAGAAGUUAGGGAAAAUCCAAUAUUCUUUGGAUUAUGACUUCCAGAACAAUCAGCUUCUGGUUGGAAUUAUUCAAGCAGCUGAGCUGCCUGCAUUAGAUAUGGGUGGUACAUCUGAUCCCUAUGUGAAAGUUUUCCUGCUGCCUGACAAGAAGAAGAAAUAUGAGACAAAAGUCCACAGAAAGACCCUUAACCCUGUUUUCAAUGAGCAAUUUACAUUCAAGGUGCCAUAUUCCGAGCUGGGUGGAAAAACUUUAGUGAUGGCAGUUUAUGACUUUGAUCGUUUCUCCAAACAUGAUAUCAUUGGGGAGUAUAAGGUUGCAAUGAACACAGUGGACUUUGGUCAUGUCACUGAGGAAUGGAGGGACUUGCAAAGUGCAGAGAAGGAAGAGCAAGAAAAACUGGGUGAUAUUUGCUUCUCCCUCCGUUAUGUGCCUACUGCUGGCAAACUGACUGUCGUCAUUCUGGAGGCAAAGAAUCUGAAGAAGAUGGAUGUCGGUGGACUAUCAGAUCCCUAUGUGAAGAUCCAUCUGAUGCAGAAUGGUAAGAGGCUGAAGAAGAAAAAGACUACAAUUAAAAAGAACACCCUGAAUCCCUACUACAAUGAGUCUUUCAGCUUUGAAGUACCAUUCGAGCAAAUUCAGAAAGUGCAGAUUGUUGUGACUGUUUUGGACUAUGACAAGAUUGGCAAGAACGAUGCCAUCGGGAAAGUCUUUGUGGGCUACAACAGCACCGGAGCGGAGCUGCGGCAUUGGUCAGACAUGUUGGCCAACCCCCGGCGGCCCAUUGCACAGUGGCACACCUUACAGCCUGAGGAGGAGGUAGAUGCCAUGCUGGCAGUCAAGAAGUAAAUUAAAUAAAAUAAAAUUAAAUUAAAUUAAAGUAGGAAGAAGAAAAUGAAGAAGAAGCCUUUCUGCAUUUGCCCACAUAGUGCUCUUUAGCCAGUAUCUGUAAAUACCUCAGUAAUAUGGGUCCUUUCAUUUCCAGCCAUGUGUUCCUGACACAGAUCAGUUGUACUUUUAAAUGCCAGUUUUAAUUUGCACAAAUUUAAAUGUAGAGAGCCCUCUACAGGCGCUUCAUUUCACCACUGCCCCCCAGAUCUACUCUUCUUUUAAGCAAUAUGAUGUGUAGAUAGAGCAUGACAGGAAUUAUUUAUUGUAUCACACAGUUGUAUAUAUACACCAGUAUGCUGAGAAUUUAUUUCUAGUUUGUGUAUUUGUAUGUUGUAAGCGUUUCCUAAUCUGUGUAUAUCUAGAUGUUUUUAAUAAGAUGUUCUAUUUUAAAUUAUGUAAAUUGACUGAGAUAUAGGAGAGCUGAUAAUAUAUUAUAGGGUAACUACUGUAUCGUCUGCAUUCCAGAAAAAAACAAAAA